CGUCGGCGCUGGCUGUCGGGUCCUGCGGGGAUAAUGGCGGCCUCCUCGGUUUUUUCUGUGCGCGGCGGCGGCGGGUGGCGGAGCAGAUGUCCGCGACGGUGCGUCCUGAACUUUCCCCAGCGCUGCUUUCGCAAGUUUGCCAGCCGCCUCGCUGUGUUUGUGAGGGGCGGCGGCGUGCCCCAAAAAAUAAAGUUAAAGCGCGGGCGCACGCGCCACGACGGAGCGGGCCGGCAAUGACGCCCCAAAUGCGGCGAAGCACCCCGUCCGUGGCUCGGGUCGGGCCCGUUCCAAGCGCGCUCAGGAGAAGGGACGGUGAGGCUGUAAAUACGCCCGCCACUCGCCUGCCAGACGUUUCCAGAACGCACAGCAGGAGCUCAGCGGGACUCUGUCCCAUGGCCUGGCGCCCCGCUGCCGCGCGCUAG